GUACUAUGUACACACGUGACUCUAACAUGUGGCACUGUUGAUAAAGAAAGCUAGAGAAGCCUUUGUUUGGUGCUCUCAUAGCCUUCUCUACUCAAGAAAUGUCAAUGACAGGCUCGGAAAAUGAAGAAAAGACGACUACGACACCUGAAAAGCUUACUGAGGAAGCUUCAAAGGCUAAACAAGAAGUCACAGUAAGCCUAAAACCAUGCUCUGUGAGCCUGAAGCGUUGUUACUCACCUACGUGUAUGCUGGGCCUUCUUAGACGGCAAGAGCUAAUACCAGCAGUACUCGAGUUUGAGAAAACGAUGCUAGUUAUCAAAGAACACAGCUACGCACGAGCACCGGAUCGACCAGAAGUGUUACAGCUUUCUAACAUUCAUGCAAUAAACUUGAGCAGUCAGGAUGAAGACACUAACACUUUACUCAAUGCAAGGUCUGAUUUAUUACGGCUCAGGGAGAGUAUAGGAAAGGAGAGGAGUGAACCGUCGGUUGUGGGUCAUCUCCGCCGAGUGGUGGGACUUCAAGUCGCUCUAAUCCGAGAUCAACAAGAGCAGCUUCACGAGAAGGACAAAGAUAUGAACGCUGUCAAGAAAGAAAAAGAGCAGCUUGAAGCACGUCUAGAACGAAUGGAGCGAAGACUUGCUAUCCUUCAAAAGCACUCUCGGUUAAAACAAGGAGACGCUGACUCCCCCCUCACUUCCCCAACCACCCUUGCUGCUCCUAACUCUCUCUCUACUCCUACCAGAGCACAUCUAACGAGACGAGAAUCGAUUAUUGCCACGGAAUUGGGAGGGCAAAGUCGCAGUUCUUCCGUCGAGCCUGCCGGCAGUCGCAGUAGAUCGAGACCGUCGUCCAGGGCUGGCUCUCCCUGCAAUGACAGCUCAGCAAAACGCUCUCACAAGAGAAAGUUAAAAGAGACGGACAAAGACGAGAAAUCUCCUCGCAAACGGGCAAAACAUUUACGUGAGCUACGAACUGAUUUCGAGUACCAAGGUCUUGAAUUGUCCGUUCCGAAACAGCGGAAUGGAUCCCGUUCUGAGCACUCCCCCCUUCCCAACCAUGAGCCUGAAACACCGAUGAGUGAAUGUGACGUGUCGCUGAAUGAGAGAGAGCUGAUGGAUGCUCAACCGAUUCAAACACCACUGUGGAGGUCAUGUACUGUGGCAGAGUCUAUGCCAGAAACAACUGCCGAUUGUGAGGAUUUGUCAGAUGAGUUGUUCAACAGACGACACAAAAAACCUGAAGAGGAGGAGAAAAGAAGGAAAAGAUGGGACAUGCAGAGGGCACGAACUUUACGCGAGCACAACGACCUCUUGCGGAAAUACAACAUGAAGAGUGGAGAAAAGGGGACAGACAAGAAAGAGAAACCUCUGGCAACCUUCAUCCCACAUUUCUCUGAGAUUGACACCAUUGAAGUGAUGGACACUGUGACUGUGAGUGCGUUUGGAAGGCCAUUACCAGUCAUCAAACCAAGUGAGUUUGAGCUGCCCUGGUUCGACAUUGACGUUCGAGAGGCUAAGGAGACGGUGCGAACCACAAGGAGUAGGACGAAAACCCACAGAGCCUCAGUGGGCGGGUCAGCUGAUGAGCUCUGAGAGCGGUCACCCCAAAGUGAAAUCACCAAUAUAAAGCAUUAUUUAGGACUCUAACUAUUAUAUAAUUAUAUCAGAUAUGUCUGUUCCAGCUCUUAUUCAAUUUCUCUAUGUGCAGUGCAUAUAAAUAAUUAUUAAUACAUGAAUUUAAGUCA